AUGGAAGAUAACGAACACAUCCGGCUGGAUCGAAAUUUCCUAUAUGUGUUGAAGCCAGGUGAAUAUUUACAUGAUAUUGAAGAAUCAGAAACACUUGGUAGUUUCACACGCCGUGUGUGUUCCAUGACUGUUUAUGGUUUAUUCUUUGAUUACGCCACUGUUAUUUCCAAGGAUAUCAAAGAUCCAUCAAUUGUUUGUGAACAGCACGGAACGUUAAAUCGAUACAAGGAUAUUCGAUGUCUUGAUCAAACUAGAGUGAUAGUUCCGCAUGCAUCAGGCACACAUAAUUAUAUCAAUGCUAAUUAUGUGGAUGGAUUUCGGGAGGAGAAGAAAUUUAUUUUGACGCAAUCGCCAAUGGAAAGUACUGUGGAGUCAUUUUGGGCGAUGAUUUAUCAGGAGAAUGUGGUUGAAAUUGUUGCAAUGACCAGCUUGUAUUCAGCAGCCACAUUUCUGUAUGUUCCAAUUAAACGAGCAGCUACCGCAAUAUUCGGACCCUAUUCCAUCAAAUUUUGUGGAUCACAAUUAAUUCGGGAUGCCUAUGAAGCGUCUGUAUUAAAGUUGAAAAAGGGAGAUGGUCAGGAAAGGAAAAUUCUUCAUAUAUGCUUUUAUACAUGGCAUGAUAAAGGGACUCCAGAAAGACCAACUGAAAUGCUUUAUUUGGUGUCCGAUAUAAAUUAUAAUCGAAAGUUGUUCACUGAGGAAGCGGAAAAAAGCGGCUGGUUUAAAGGUGGACGUUCACCAAUCGUUGUACAUUGUUCGACGGGUGCAAGUAGAAGCGGAACACUGGCUGUUCUGGAUAUUUGUUGCCGUAAAAUGGAUUAUACCGAGAAACUACCUCAUGGUAAUGUAUUAGUAGACGUUCGGGAUACGGUACUUCGUGUCAGAACACAACGUGACAAAGCCGUUAUGAAGCCCGAGCAGUAUUUAUUGUUACAUUUACUCGUGAUUGAAUAUGCGUUACGCCAGAAAUACUACGAUGAUGUUGAUUUCAUUGACUUGUCAAACUAUACCAGUGCUACAUGAAGAUUGCCGAUCUGUUGCAGUUUUGCAUUACUGUGAAACUCUGGCAAUGCAACGUGAAAAUAAUGUAAUAAAUUAUCUAUUGUGC